AUGUCUUUCGCUCUUUUUUCAGCUGAGACUUCAUGGCUCCGUGCCACCGGAUGUCGCCGCAUUGUGUAUGCACGCUCCCAUUCCUCUCGAAUGCGGAAGUCUUGUGAGGUUGAUCACCGCCUGGGCCUCGCGGUGCUCUUCGCCGGCUUCUUUGUGACGCUGGGCUUCGCGUUGAACGUGGACCGGGAGCCCAGGCUCCGCGGAGGAGUCAACAUGAACGAUGUCGUGUGUUCUCCGUCAUGCUCCAUCUACUCAGAAUCUACUAUCCAUACAUCAGUUGCAUUACUUUCGCUUCUCGGGUGCUAUGGCAAAAGAGUAGGGUGUCGGAUCUGA